GCGGGCGGCGGUGGCUGCGCGUCUGCUGGAAGCCAUUAGCGCGGUGCUGCGGACGAAGGCCGGGCUUGGAGCUCCCUCCCCCGCCCGAGCCCCGUCCCGGGGACGUCAUGGGAGGGAGGUAUAAAAUUUCAGCGGCGAGACCGAGGGAGAGGCAGUGUGCGCGGGAGGGGCGGUGCGGUGCGGCGCGGCGCCGGGCGGGCCGGUCGGUGCGGUGCGGUGCGCGGCCGGGGCACGGCGGCCAGCGGAGCCCGCGGGGGACAGCGGGCGGCCCGGCGGCGCUGCUCCCGGCGGGGCGGGGAGCGCCGCGGUGCCGCGCUCCCGGCCGCCGGGGGGUCGGGCGCCGGGCGAUGUAGGGCGCGGGGCCCGGCGGGGGCAUGAAUGGUGCAGCGAGAGGGGCGGGCGCCGCGCUCCCCCCGCGGCGGCGGGGCGGCGCGGGCCGCUGACACGUGCGGCGGCGCGGCGCGGCGGGGCGCCCCCGGCUCCGCGGGACGCGGGGCGGCGCAUGGGGAAGGAGCCCGGCGCGGCGAGGCACGGCGCCCGCAGCUUCUCCUUGCGGAGCGCUGCCAGCUCUUCCUGGAAGUCCUGAGUCGCGCACGGCGCAGUGAGUUCAUGCACCUCCUCGCCAAGCCUCAGCCUGCGGGAUCUGGGGAGGCUGCCGCCAGCACACCGCCCGGUCCCCCGCGCCCGCUCGCCGCCGCCCGGGGGUCUCUCCCGGGGGGCCCCGCCGCCGCCCCCUCGCACAUGAAGAUGUACGUGCAAAGAGCUCUGGUGCUGCUCUCCCUGCUGAGCUUCGCCACCGUGAGCCUCUCGCUGUCCUCCUGCACCACCUUGGACCUGGACCACAUCAAGAAGAAGAGGGUGGAAGCCAUCCGGGGGCAGAUCCUGAGCAAGCUGCGGCUCACCAGCCCCCCCGAGACCGUGGGGCCGGCCCAUGUGCCCUACCAGAUCCUGGCCCUCUAUAACAGCACCCGGGAGCUGCUGGAGGAGAUGGAGGAGGAGAAGGAGGAGAGCUGCUCUCAGGACAACACCGAGUCCGAAUACUAUGCCAAAGAGAUCCAUAAAUUUGACAUGAUCCAGGGCCUCCCCGAGCACAAUGAGUUGGGCAUUUGUCCAAAAGGUGUCACCUCCAACGUGUUCCGCUUUAAUGUGUCCUCGGCAGAGAAGAACAGCACCAACUUGUUCCGGGCCGAGUUUCGGGUGCUGCGCGUGCCCAACCCGAGCUCCAAACGCAGCGAGCAGCGCAUUGAGCUCUUCCAGAUCCUUCGGCCGGAUGAGCACAUAGCAAAGCAGCGCUACCUCAGUGGCAGGAAUGUGCAGACACGGGGCUCCCCCGAGUGGCUGUCCUUCGAUGUCACCGAGACUGUGCGUGAGUGGCUUCUGCACAGAGAGUCCAACCUUGGCCUGGAAAUUAGCAUACACUGUCCUUGCCAUACUUUUCAGCCCAACGGGGACAUCUUGGAGAAUUUGCACGAGGUCUUGGAGAUCAAGUUCAAAGGCAUUGACAGUGAGGAUGACUAUGGCCGUGGGGACUUGGGGCGCCUGAAGAAGCAGAAAGACUUGCAUAAUCCCCACCUCAUCUUGAUGAUGUUACCCCCACAUCGGCUGGAGAGUCCAGCGUUGGGAGGCCAGAGAAAGAAGCGGGCCCUGGAUACCAACUACUGUUUCCGGAACCUGGAGGAGAACUGCUGCGUGCGUCCUCUGUACAUUGACUUCCGACAGGACCUUGGCUGGAAAUGGGUCCACGAGCCUAAGGGCUACUUUGCUAACUUUUGUUCAGGCCCUUGUCCGUACCUCCGCAGCGCAGACACCACUCACAGCACGGUGCUGGGCUUAUACAACACGCUGAACCCUGAGGCAUCCGCUUCGCCCUGCUGUGUCCCCCAAGACCUGGAGCCGCUCACUAUCUUGUACUAUGUUGGGAGGACCCCCAAAGUGGAGCAGCUCUCCAACAUGGUGGUGAAAUCCUGCAAGUGCAGCUGAAAGGCACCCUGGCCCACCCAAAGCCAAGAGAGAAACUGUCAGCACCCACUCUCCUGCUCCCAGGCUAACACAAAAGGAACUGGGGGUCAGAGACUAUGCAUGCUAAGGGCUGAGUGCCAAAGCCUGUGGCUUCGGGUCUGGCAGCCCUUGGGGAUCUCUUCUGGAACAUUUCUUGGUCUUGUUGGCAGUGUCAUGUUCCUUCUGGGAGUUACUUUAGUGACACGAAGGCGACACUCUCCAAAAUGGCUGGACAGUUGGUGCAGAAGAAGAGAAGGUGGAGGAACUGCUCUGUAUUUGAAUGCUGGGUGGUUAGGCUGGGAAAGCAAGGGAAUGAGAAAGAGCAGGUGAAAGGGGGAGUGCAAAUGGGGAGAUGUUUUCUAUUCUAGCUUUAGCUAUCUUAGGACCUCAGCCCUCCCCGCUGGCCUGAAGAACUAAAGGUUUCCCCUGUAGGAGGAAACCCUGAAAGUUUCUUUAGAGAAAGAAAAUGCACCAAGAAGGGAAGCUGCUGAGAGAAGAAAUGCUCAGAGAUACACUUAGACUUUUGUUCCUCAGAGCUGUGAUCCAGGAGUCCUGCAACUGAAACUCUGUGUCUGCCAAACCUGUUAAGUUCAGUUGGCAGAUCCUGGCUAUUGGUUUCUAAAUGCAAACUGCAAGGCUCCCAGCUGGCCUGCUGAGGGUGGGCAAAUACACGAAAGAGGGUGCCGAGUCCAUUUUUAGAGGGACUGAUGUCUCCAUUCAGCCCUUUUCCCUUCCUGGAGUUUCUGAGAGAUGGUUUCUGGGUCAGGCCAGGAGCGAUACCUGUGGGUACCUGAAUAUUGGGCCCAUUCAUUCAUGAGCUGAUACACUCCAAGGACCUCUCGUCUGUUGUGGUUUGUGAGGUGCUUUGGGGUGUUCUGCACCUGUUCUCCACGAUGAUCAUUGAAUGUGGCCCAGGCCUCACCUGCCACGACUUAAAAAAUAGUAAUCUCAAAAACAUUGUAAAAAAUAAAUAUUGGGUGGGGGAGAUGCUCUUUUUUUCACAAGCAAGUUGUUUGUUGGAGGGUGAGAUGUUUACUGUUUUUAAACUGCUGUGGCAUACUCAGUCUAAAAUCUUUCCCCUUUCCAAAAUGUCUCUUCAAAAGAACAGACAGAAUUUAGGUCAGCCAGAGAGCCCCAGAAUAGAAAUUCCUUGGUACCCACAAAUCGUGCCUGGUGUAUAUGUGCCCUGUCCUGCCCUAGUCCUUCAGACAUGUACAUCACCUCCAGCAUCUGCUUUUGAUAGAUUCAUAUAAAGCUCCCCUCAAAUGUAAAACACUUCAAACAAUGCUGUUUAAAUAAGUAGGGCAGUGCAGUU